AUGCCGCCUGAAUUUCAUUGGACAACAUCCCCAAGGUUGUGUUUCCUACAAAAUGAAGAUUUUAAGCUAUUUUUUAAUAGCGUUGUUUUUUUUACUACUGGAAGAAAUUGUUUCAGCAUCUCUGAUUUGUUCACUGACUCAUCGUUUGUUGCAAAGACAGCUCUAAGAAGCUACUACCCAGAGCUAGCAUCUCCAUCUCGUGAUCUCUAUCAGGGUGAUAUCUUGGCCACACCCGAUCUGGUGGUCACUCAGGAUGGGCGGAAUGCUGUUAUAUCUACCAAAUACAAAUGGCCCAAUGCAACAGUUCCAUACCAGUUCACAUCCAAUUAUACUGAAGAAGAAAGAGAGAAAGUGGAGAGCAGUAUGAAAGAGAUAGAGACCAAAACCUGUGUGAAGUUCACACCAAAAGCCGAUAUUGACAAGGACUACAUUCUGAUAAACAAGAUAUCGAACCGGGGGUGUUUCGCGCUGGCAGGCUACCGGCCUGAGAUUCGUCCAAUGCCUGUCAACUUCAUGCCUCCCGACUGCUUCAAGCACGCCGGAACCAUUCAGCAUGAGUUGCUGCAUGUGUUGGGACUGUUGCAUGAACAGGCAAGGCCAGACAGGGACCAACAUGUCAAGGUGCUCUGGCAGAACAUCGACGAUAAGCACAAAAGCGAUUUUGGAAAAGCACCUCCCAGUAUGGUGACAACCUACGAUGUACCUUACGAUAUGUUCAGUGUUAUGCACUAUCCAAACAUGGCAUUCUCAAAAAAUGGAAAACCUACUUUGAUUUCCAGGCAAUUUGCAGGAGAUGAAAGGUAUCCAGAACUUUCUUCACGACUGUUUCAAGGAGAUAUUCUUCUGGACUCCAGAGAUGAUGCAAAGAACGCAGUGGUCUCCCCUAAACUCAAAUGGCCCAACGGAAUAGUGCACUAUGAAUUCACUUCAAACUACACCGAGGAAGAGCGAACCAAAGUGCGCAAAAACAUGGAUCUACUAGAGUCGAAAACUUGCGUGAAGUUUGUGCAGCACAAAAACGAAGAGGUCUACAUUCUAAUCAACAAACGGCCCUACGUCGGAUGCUACGCCAUUCUCGGUUAUCGCACUGAGAUUGGCCCGAUCCCCGUCAACUACAUGUCGCCUCAAUGUCUCAGCUAUGCUGGCACCAUUCAACAUGAGCUGCUGCAUGUGUUGGGACUCAUGCACGAACAGGCGAGGACCGACCGCGAUGCUUAUGUCGAUGUGCUGUGGGAUAACAUCGAGGAAGCCCACUAUAACGACUUUUCGCGGGCGUAUCCUGGCUCAGCCACAGCUUUUGGACUUCCUUACAACAUCAUGAGUGUUAUGCAUUAUCCGAACAUUGCAUUUUCGAAAAAUGGGAAACCAACUAUACUGUACAAGAAAGAUCCCAGCACUGAAAUGGGACAGCGUGUCGGAGUGACUGAGGGAGAUUUGGAGAAAGUCAGGCGAAUGUACAAUUGCCCAGAGCAGAUGUCAAAUGGCACAUCGGGAAAUUCACCUGGAGUCAACCCUAGCAAUUUUUUCAAUAUUCUCAACAUUUUCAAGCCCUCAUGACUUUGUACAGUGCUUUGUUUUUAAUUAUUAUUGUGAAUUUAUAAUUUACAGUAUUGUAAUUGGAAGAGAAGAUUAAUUAUGGCAAAAUGGAUAUAGAAAA